AUGGCUUCCUCCACCAUCGCUGGCUUCCUCUUCCCUACCUCUUCCUUCCCACCAAACCAGCCCCAAAAAUGUUCACUGCCCAGAAACCUCAUGAAAUACCAUACCGGCAGAGUGCGGUGCAAAGCAACUGACGAUGAUCACGGUCUCAACAGGAGGAACAUGCUGGUUCCUCUAGGAGCCGGAGUUCUAUACGGCGCGGCGGGUUUAACCAACCCCUUUGCUUUUGCCUUGCCCGUAGGCCCGGACUUGACCAAGUGCGGCCCAUCUGAGAAGCCCGACGGAUCCACCAUUGAAUGCUGCCCACCCACCACCACAUCCAUUCUCGAUUUCAAAUUGCCCGACCCGGGCCCACUCCGAACCAGGCUUGCCGCCCAAGAUCUCGCGAAAGACCCUAUUUACUUGGCCAAGUACAAAAAGGCGAUCGAGCUCAUGCGGGCUCUACCCCACGAUGAUCCCCGCAGCCUGGCUCAACAGGCCGAGGUUCACUGCUCAUAUUGCAAUAACGGGUACCCGCAAGUCGGCUAUCCGAAUCUGAAGAUGCAAGUUCAUUCAUGUUGGCUUUUCUUUCCGUUCCACCGCUGGUACCUCUACUUCUACGAGAAGAUCAUGGGGGAGCUCAUCGGGGACCCCACCUUCGCUCUCCCCUUUUGGAACUGGGACGCGCCAGCUGGCAUGUGCAUUCCGGAGAUUUUCACCGACCCCACUUCCUCCCUCUACGAUCAGUACCGAAACGCAAAGCAUCAGCCCCCGAAGCUCCUAGAUCUCAAUUACAGUGGGACAGACGAUGAGGUUGACGACGCCACCCGAAUCAAGGAGAAUCUGACCACCAUGUACCAGCAGAUGGUGUCCAAGGCUAAGUCGCACCGGCUCUUCUACGGCACCCCGUACAGCGCCGGCGACCACCUGAUCCCCGGAGAGGGAAAUCUCGAGCUUAUCCCGCAUGACAAUAUCCAUUUCUGGACUGGUGACCCGAAGCAGGCCCACCGAGAGGAUAUGGGCACUUUUUACUCGGCGGGGCGGGAUCCUCUGUUUUACGCCCACCAUUCAAACGUGGACCGCAUGUGGUCCAUUUAUAAAUCAAAACUGGGCGGUACGGAUAUAGAGAAAACUGACUGGUUGGACACUGAGUUCUUGUUCUACGACCAGAAGAAGAAUCUGGUGCGCGUCAAGGUUCGAGACUCCAUCGACACCACGAAGCUCGGUUACGUCUACGAUGACAAAGUCGAGAUUCCGUGGCUGACGUCGAAGCCGACCGCCCGCAAAUCUUCAAACAAGAGAAAGCCGACGGUUUCCUUUGCUGAUCUGACGACGAAGUUCUCGUUGACCGACACGAUUAGCGUUGAGGUGAAGAGGCCGUCGAGGACGAAGCGGACAAUGACGGAGAAGGCGGCGCAGGAUGAGGUGCUGGUGAUCAAAGGGAUAGAGUUUGCCGGGAACGAGACGGUGAAGUUCGACGUGUAUGUGAAUGAUGAUGCUGAGUCGCUGGCCGGGAAGGACAAGUCAGAGUUUGUGGGGAGUUUCAUCGACUUGCCUCAUAAGGAGAAGAAGGAUAUAAAGAAGAACCUGAUGUUGAGCAUAACGCAGCUGUUGGAGGAAUUGGAUGCUGAAACGGACAGUAGCGUGGUGGUGACUUUGGUGCCGAAAGUUGGGAAGGGGACAAUCACCAUUGGUGGCUUCAGCAUUGAGCUUAUUAAUACCACCUAA